AUGAACUUGAGGUUUGUCUCUGCUAUAUUUGCUUCUGUCCUUGCUACAACCGUGAAAUCAUCAUUGUUACUUGAAAAAGAGUUGAUUUGUCCAGACCCCCAAAAUCCAAGCGAUUGCUAUCCUAAGAUUUUUGAACCUACAACUGAGUGGCAAAUAAUUAGGGAAGGACAAGAAAUACCUCCAGGAUUACACGUUAGAUUGAAUAUGGACUCUCUAGAAAACGAAGCAAAAUUGAUUUCGCCUGAGAAUGGAGAGAAUGACAACAAUAGCAACGACGGCGAGACAGUUGAGUUAAUUGUUGGUGAGGGUGGAGUAGUUGACAACAAAGAAGAGGAUAUCCAGAAUCGCAAUGAGAAAAUUCAGAAAGUUUUAAAAUCGAAUAAAGCUGGUUUCGAUAAUAAGCCCAAGUCGAGAGUUCAUAAACUGGAUUUGACCAAUUUCGAUUCGGCUUUAGGAGAAGUGCAGGAGUAUGAUGUAGCUACAGCUGAUGAACAAGCUAAUAAAGGCUUGGAGGAGGCUCUCGAUAGUAUCCAGGAGUACGUUCAUGACAUUGAACUAGGAUUCAAGUUAACACAAGAAUGGAAAGUGUUUCAAAAAUUGAUAAAGUUGGCUGAACAUGGUAUUAGCGAGGAAAUGCUGGGGAAAAUAUACAACAUUAUUGCUUCUGCAUUGAGAAACAAUCCACAAUCUGUAGGGAAUGUAAUAAAUAGCAAGGAGAAUGGUUUUAGCUACGUUGCCUUUACAAAAAGCUUACUCAAUCAGCUAACCUCUACUACAAGUGACGUCAUACAAAAGAGGAUACUUGGUAUUAUACAGGCGUUAACUCAAAGCGAGCAAUUUGUCCAAAGUUUCUUUACUUUUGGUACUGGUGAUUAUGGUUUAAACUAUUUAGUUACAAACUUCAAUAAUCUUGGUCCACAAGCUAGGCAAAGAGUGGUUAACAUUCUACAUGAUUUAGAAAUCUUUGGCAAGUCAAAUGAUAGAAGAUCUUUAGAAGAUAGUGAUCCAAAUUCGAAUACUUCAAAGUUCAUUCAACAAGCCCUUGCUGAGGACAAGGUGAAGAAUGCAUCUGAUUUUGAAAAGUAUUUUAAAACCUUGGUUGAUUUGCAUAUACUGAAUUCAAGUUUGAAGCCAACUAAAGAAUUCUUGAGUUGGUUGAGUCAAGAGGUUGAAUUGAGAAAAGAGAAGAAGAAAAGAGAUGAUAUUACUCCUCAGGAAUUGGCAUUUGAUGAUGCUAUGUUAAGAGCUAGACAUGAAGUGUUUGGGAACCCUAUGGGAUUAAGAAAGGCUAUUGCGGAUGAAUUGUAG